AUUUUCGCACGUUGACACUUGACUUCCAAGAAAUAAUACCAUGUGCCUCUGCCGCGGGUGUCUCUGUCCGCCUCACUCGCUGCGCUUGUCGCACAUCAAGCGCGAGUGGCACGACCCUCUCAUCCUCACGAACCUCGUCUACGUCGCGGCGUCCGUCAUCUCGUUCGCGCUAGGCCAGUACACGUGCGCGGUGUUGCAGCUCGGCGCGUCGGUGGCGUCGUCCAUGUUCCAUCGGCACCGCGAAACCAAGUACCUUCCGUUGGACGCGUGCAUCUCUGGCAACUUGGGCCUCAUUGCCCUGUACUUGUCUUACCACGCGCACUUGAACGACUUGCAUCAUGUGCUGGGUAUCAAGUUCGGCCUCGGUCUUGCGUGCGCGUUCACAUUCAUCUACUGCGGCAUGCCUGGAGACGCCCAGUACGAACUCUGGCACAGGCACUGGCACUUUGCCUCGGGCAGCACGACGCUGGUCACAUCCGUCCUCCUCAGCUUAUACAUCCCAGACUUUGACUACGUCUUGGUCAAUGCGAUCGGGCUUGGCUUUUAAUCGAAUACGAGCCAUAUAGCCACUUGUACAUGGUAGAUAUAUAGUGGGUAUUGAGGGUAUAUAGUGGUUGCUGGAAUGGUUGGAUAUUUCCAGCUACAAGGGAACUCCAUUGUUAAUCAAUUCACGUGAUUCUAGC